GGAGGACCGGUCCAGACAGCACUGUGGACUCAAUUAGAUGAGUCAAGACAAAGAACGGCUGCGGCUGAGAGAAAAACUGCAGAGGAACAUCGAGCACGGCGGGAAAUUCUUGAGCAAAGGAUUUUUCCCCACCAAGAAACUCAGGUGAACUCCCGAGCGGGAAAAGCAGCAACAACCUGGAGGAGCAGCAAGAGGUCUAUCGGGCGCCUCACACGUAGCGACAACAACAAAUUGCACCAUGAGUAUAACUGGCACUCUGGAAAAGGGGGCACACCAUCAGGUCCUGGACCUUUCUGAAGAGCUGCCGCCUCACCAUCACCCUCACAGCAACCACCAAUCACUCGCCUCCAGUCCCACGGUGGGAGGAGGAGGGGAGACACCCUCCCGCGUGGUGGUGCCCCCGCCUUACUCGGCAGCCGAGGGCGGGGCGGGCGGCGAAGCCCAGCUGGAGCUGCGGGGGUCCCUAGACUGUUGGGCCUGCUCUGUGCUGGUGACGGCUCAGAACUUGGUCAUCGCUGCCGUCAACGCCUGCCUGGCGGGGCUGGUGUUUGGUAGCAUCUUGACGCCGGCCAUCGUCAUGGUGGUCUUCGGUUUCCUCUGCCACUCCACGGUGCUCCCCAACGGGACUCACCCCUACUGCUCCGACCUGCUGACGGACGGGGGCUGCGUGGCUCUGCUGGUGGUGGGCUUCCUUCUGGUGACUCCUCUGCUGGUGCUGGCGUUGGCUGCCUACUGCCGCCUGGCCAGACAUCUCCAGCUGGGCCUGUGCUUCAUCCCGUACAGCCGGGCUGUGUACAAGAACCUGCCGGCCACUCAACACCGCGGGCUGGGGAGUUGCUGCGGGGGUCAGGACGGGGUGGCCGGCGGAGGGAAGGGAAAGGUCUGGGUAUGAAAGUUAUUUUGUUUUUUUUAAUAAAUAUGAGGAGUGAAUAUGUUUACAUGAAUACCUUGUCAGCUCCUCAUGGGUGUACAGUAUUUGUUCAAUUGCCUAAUCAGGAGUCAUACGCUCCCACUGCAUGCGUUUUGUAUUGUAUACGUGUCACUAUCAGGGUGCACUGACAAUAAACAAUAUUCAUCCAAAAAAACGUCAAUCAAUCAAUAAAUGAA